AUGAUUCGAAAUGAAGAAGAGACCACUUUUUCUGGGCAGGAGAAGUUUAGAGUUGAAACAUUUAUAGUUAUAAUGGACAAAUUAGAUAUAUGCCUGCUAAAAAGACUUGAACAAUAUAACGAUUUAGAUAGAAAGUUUGGGUUUCUUACUUAUUUUAAAUCUAUGACUGAGGAAGAAAUUGUGGAUAUGGCAAAAAAUCUUGGUAAAAUAUAUCCGGACGACCUUGAUUGUGACAUUUUUCCCGAAGAAAUGAUACAUUUUACCAAAUUAGUUGAUGAGCAAGAUGAAGAAGGAAAAAUUAAAAUGCCAUCAGCACUAAAAUGUCUUCAAAUUAUACACGAUAAUAAACUCAAAUCAGUGUUUCCUAAUGUGGAAGUAGCAUAUAGAUUGUAUUUAUGUCUUCCAGUUGCCAACUGCAGCGCAGAAAGAGCAUUUUCAAAAUUGAAAAGAGUGAAGAACGAAUUGAGGUCUACCAUGAAAAAUCCACGCUUGAACGCUUUAUCAUUAAUGACCAUUGAGAGAUCUCUACUUAAAGAAAUAAAUACAGAUGAAAUAAUUGUGGAGUUUCAAAAAAAGAAAAGAAAAUAA